AUGAGUCGACAAAUAGAGCAGGCUCUACUCUCGCUCCUGCCCACCCAGAACUCAAAUCUGCCCCCACCUCUCGUCGAGCUCGCGGGCUCUCUCCUCGCGCAGUCUCGCCUUCGCGCGAGCACGCUGAAAGCCGAGGAAGACGUCGCGCGAUUGUAUGCGUGCUGCCAUCUUGCGUGCGACAGACUCAAGAUCACCCUUAACCUCCCGCCUAUUGAGCCAAGACCUCCCAUCCCACCACGCAUCUACAAGCGUCUUUACAUACAUCUUGACAAGAUCCUCCCUGCCGCCUCGCUAUCUGGCCGCGGCAAAGCAAAUGGCCUCGGCACGCCAAGAUCAAAGGGUCUCAGCUCGCCAGCGUCUCGCCCUGUGCCGUCCAGGGGUACGCCGGGCAAGGAGCUUUCUCUGGCGGCGUUUCGCACGCCUGCAAAGGCCGGAACGCCGACCAAGUUGAGCUCGCAGAACACGGCAAGGAAAUCGGACCCCUCGUUCCCGCCGUGGCUGCGUCCUGCGAUCCGCCAUCUGUGCACCACUCUCCACCAAAGCGGCGGUCCGGAUCUGGCACCUACAAUCGUCUUUGGUCUCGAGUCCAUCAUUGCACCACAUCGUCGAAGAACAGAUGACGACUGGGUCAAUGGUCACCUGACCGCAUUGGUUGCUGCCAUCUACUGGAGGUCAAACCUCCCCCGGCACGAGGGGAAGAGGAGUCACGCUGCCACCGAAGAAGAGGAGGCCGUUUUCUGGGAGGGAUGGCAAGAAGGCCUCAAAGCGGCUGACAUCAGCGAAGCCCUCACAGUAAUUGCGGACCGUGGCUGGCUCGACAGCGAUUGGUUUCGGAGCAUCGAUCUCCUCCGGGACGCAGAACAGGACGCAGAAGACGUGGACCCGAGCGCCCAUGAGGAAGACUUGACAUCCACGGCCGCGGCUGUGCAGAUUCGGAAAGCGGACACGAUGCUGCAGGACAGGUUCGACUAUCUGAGCGAGCGAAGGAGGGCCGAGUAUAGGCACUGGAAGGCGGGAAUCUUGAGACGGGUUGAAGCACUGGAGCGUGCUCAGGGCAGAGAGGCCACAGGAGGCGUCGGCUCGUGA